UGGCAGCCAUACUCCGACGACGUUCUCCAGUCCAUCCCACAGAUGUACCUGACAGGGCGACAUAUCUGGCGUGCCCGAGUGCCAAUGAUCUACUAUCACAUCGUGGAGUGGCACCAGCCGGAUAGGGUUCUGCAGCAGUUCGGCUUACAGCAGCCCAUUCCCCUGCCUGCUAUGCAAGAUCGGCGCCUUCAUAACAUCCAGUAUCAGGGGAACUACAACUUCGAUGAACUGCUCUCAGAUUACAUUCAGAUUUGGAACAACAGAGCGGCUUACGUUGUUCAGGGUUACCAGCUCCAGCGACCACCUCACUACCAUUCAGCGUAUAUGGAGUGGUUUCGGAGCCGCAGCCGGCGUUGGAUUACCCAUGAGGGCGCAGCAGCCGGACAGAGUCGCGACACUUUCGAGAUGAUCGCCCUUCAGAGAGAGGCGCGUGCGUCUAGGAUUGGGACUGCUGCACGCAGUUCUCAAUUAGCUUACGGAGAGGAGCGCCGUGACGUCACACUGCCCCCACCAGAGCCAGCAGUUCCGGCUUACGUACUACCUCCUCUUCCUCCCCUGACCAUCGAUCUGGCUCACAUCAGGGGAGCGCGUAGACGGCAGCCUAGAGUCGCCCCGCCUCGCGAGCGCCCGGCAGACCCUAUCCCCCCACCGGUCUACUUCCACUUCGAUCCUACAGCCACUACAGACAGACGGGGGGAGUACUAUGGCCCGACUCAGUACUACGGUUCCACUUCCACUUCAGCAUCACAGCCUCCGUGGCAUCAGACCUAUUUCCCACAGGGACCCCAGGUAUCAUCGUAUCAGGUCCCGCCUUCGUCGAUGCCGUUUUUUGAGCCGUCGUACGGACAGACAGCAUAUACCACUUCUCUGGGCACACCACCGGCGUCUCAGUUCCAGCAGGCCACACCACCGGCGUCUCAGUUCCGGCAGACCACACCACCGGCGUCUCAGUUCCGGCAGACCACACCACCGGCGUCUCCGUUUCAGCAGGCCACACCACCGCCGUUUGCUGCAUCAGAUCAGUAUUACCGUCCAGCGCCAUAUACAGAUGCUCCACCGUUCACGUCUUUCGAUCAGUGUUACCGUCCCACGAUGCCUUCGGAUGAGCAGCCGUCGACGUCACAUUCCCGGCCAUCUUCUUCUCACCAGGCCCAGGAUCCAUCACAGCUACAUUUUACACUGUCAGAGUCAUGGUUAUUCGGUCCGGAGAUCGGUUCAGAGGCGUACGAGGAGCUUUUAUCACGACCGGAUCUCACACCUCCAUCUUUUAGACUUCUACCGCCCACACAGGAGGAGACCGGUACUGCACCACCAGCAGCAGACGUUCAGCAUUCAGCUCAGGACGAGGACGCCUCCGACAGCGGCGAGAGCCCUCCGGUAGCCAGACAGUUUCACUCGAUCACAGACAGCUCGCGGCACCGACGAGAGACUCACGGUUUGAGGGUACAGAGACCGAGGACUCGUAGAUAUGAGGAUUAGAUUUCAUAUUUACCUUUA